CCUUCCGAACACAACUGGUCAAUUUUUGCUCACGAAACCUCAAUUCUCGCUCUCCUGAGCUCGGCGUAAGAGAGGCGCUUCGCGGCAUUUCAUAAACAGACCGACGCUCUUAACGCCAUGGCGUCUCUCUUGCCCGCCGCGCCUCUCCUCGGGUCAGCCACCAGUCAAUGCCGCUUCGCCACGCAGCACGCGCUGCCACGUCAGCCAGCAAAUCGGAAUGCCGCUGGCCGAACCGCUAUUCAGAGAGGAUCACUGGCGAUAAGGUCGUCCGUCGAUAAUUCCGUCCCCGAUUUCGAGGCCGGUAGAGCGGAAACGGGAGCAGCGGCGGCGGAUGUGAGUCGUCGGUCAGUUCUCCUUGCUCCAGCCGCUGCCGCCGCCGCUGUGGCGCUGAGCCUUGGGAUUGCCGCGACAGCCGCUCCUGAAAGCGCGCAAGCCUUUGGUUUGGCCGGCCCCAAGGAGUGGUUGAAAGCGCAGAAGCGCAAGUCUAUGCAGUUUCUGCUCAACCCUCUCAGCGUCUCUUCUGCGCGCCUUGCAGCUGCCAAGGCCGAGUUCGUGUCCUCAACAGCCCAGUCUGACCUGGCGUCAGUCCAGGCAGGAGUGAGGGAAGCCUCCCUCGACUGCCUCGCCCCAGGCUUUACUCCUGGCGUAGAGCUGUGCACGUUCAAGCUCAUCUUGAAGAACGCUGCAUCCCUGCUGGAUAAGAACGACCCUGCAUUCGUGCUAGGGGAGGAGGUUCUGCUGGAUCUCAUCUGGGCGUUCAGAGAGCUGCACCAGUUGCUGGAAGAGGCUCAGGGCUCCGACCCCCCUCCCCGGGAGUACAUCCUGGAUUCCUUCAGCAAUGUGGAAACUGGUUUGGAUUCCUUUGAGACAACCAUCCAAGCCAUCUUUGACACCCCUGUUUGAUUUGAGCUCUUGGUCUUGGCCCGUCCAGCUUGCUGGACUGCAAUUUUGGCAUGGCAUGCGGAGGCUCCUGUCAGCCUCUGUUUUGGCUCAGCUGUCGCUUUUUCUUACACGUUUCAGCCCAAGUUGUGCCUUCCUGCGCCUGCCUAGGUGAUUGGUAUUCACUGUGACUGCAAGGUGGAGAACCUCCUUGGAUCAGUUGUGGCUAGUGUUAUCAUGCCGUUGUUGAA